GUGUCUGUGGCCUGUGGCUGCACAUCACCCCCCCACCGCCAUGGACUUGCUCUGGCCCGUGGGGUUGAUUCUACUCCUCUUGGGGACCCCUCUUGCCCAUGCUGAGCCACUGUACAUCCUGGUGACCCCCCGAGCCCUGCGGGUCGGCAGCCCUGAGACCAUCCAUGUACAGGCUCACUCGGACUCCCAGCAGUCCCUCAAAGGGACCCUGGAGGUGAACCUCACCAUAUGGGACUUCCCCAUGAAGAAGGCUGUGGUGGCUAAGAGCCACCUCAUUCUCUCAAAAGAAAACGACUUUAUGAAACAGGCCUCCAUGACGAUUCCCGAGAGCCUGGUAUACCCCCCACAACCAGGACAGCAGUAUGUCAUCAUCCGGGCCACGUGGGCACCCAUCUCGACCACUUCAUUCAUGGAGAAGAUAGUACCGGUGGCACCCCAUGCUGGCUACAUCUUCAUCCAGACAGACAAGCCUAUCUACACCCCUGAGCACUUGGUUCAAUACCGGGUGUUUGUUGUGGACCACAAGAUGGAUCCUGUGACCAGGAUAUUCACUGUGGACAUCAAGAACCCGGAGGGAAUCACUGUGAUCAGCCAGAAUCUGCUGGCCGAGGACGGUUUCUUCACAAGAUCCUUUAAACUCCCACAGAUUGUCAGUUUUGGGACCUGGAGCAUCGAAGCCAGUUACCAAAGUGCAGCCAAGCAGAAGUUCAAGGCAGCCUUUGAUGUCAGGGAUUAUGUGCUCCCAUCAUUUGAGGUCCAGCUGAAGCCAAACAAGACUUUCUUCUACCUCAACGAUGAGGCUCUGGGUGUGGACAUCGAGGCUUGGUAUGUAUUCAAAGAGCCAGUGGAUGGACAUGCUCUGGCCAUCUUUGGGGUAAAGCUGCAUUCCAACCGGAUGCCCAUCCAGAGCUCCCUGCAGAAAGUGGAGAUCUCUGAAGGCCUGGGCCACGUCUCCCUCCAGAAGGACACACUGAUGUCCACAUUCCAAGGCCCUGAAGAGGACUUCAUUGGGGCCUCAAUCUUUGUCAACGUCACUGUGUUCUCUUCAGGGGGUGAGAUGGUCCAGGCUGAGACCUCUGGGGUGAAGAUUGUCCGGAGCCCAUACAACAUCAAGUUCAUCAGGACACCCCAGUAUUUCAAGCCUGGGAUGCCCUUCCACGUUAAGGUCUUCGUCUCAAAUCCUGAUGGGUCCCCAGCCUCUAGAGUCCUUGUCCGAUGCCAAGACAAACGAGACCGCACCUCAGCCAGUGGAGUGGCCAUCUUGACCAUCAACACAAAUGCAAAUAAUCAGGAGAAGCUCCCUAUCCUGGUAGAAACUGAUGAGCCUCUCCGGCCAGAAGAACAGGCUUCAGCCACAAUGACAGCUUGGCCUUACUCGACUCAGGGUGGGUCAGGGAACUUCUUGCACAUUGAGGUGAACAUGGACGCAGAGGUUGGCAGCAGCAUCUACCUGAGCCUUGUCACAGGACAUCAGAAUUCUGAAACCAAGAAACAGAUUACUCACUUCACCAUCCUGGUCCUGAGUAAGGGCCGGAUUGUGCAUGCCAAACAUCAGUCAAAAAGUGACCACACAAUAGCCACUAUUGAUGUGACUUCAGAGAUGCUGCCCUCCUUCCGCAUCCUGGCCUUUUAUUUACUGCCUAGGGGAACAGGUCAGGAUCCUGAACUGGUGGCCGACUCCGUAUGGGUUGAUGUGAAUGACAGAUGCAUGGGGACGCUGAAGGUUGGUUUGAAGAAAGAAAGACUCUUCCAGACUUUGAAGCCCAACAGCCAAGUGGAAGUGAAGGUGACAGGUGAUGAAGAGGCCACAGUGGGGUUGGUGGCUGUGGACAAGGCUGUCUAUGUCUUGAACAGCAAAUACAAGCUCACACAGAAGAAGGUCUGGGAUGUGGUGGAAGAACAUGACAUUGGCUGUACAGCAGGCAGUGGGAAGGACGGACUUGCUGUGUUCAAGGAUGCUGGAUUGGACCUGAAAUUGAGCACAGGGAUGCACACCCUGGCAAGCUCAGACUGGCAGUGCCCUCAGAGCCCCCCUGUCAGCCGCCACCGCCGCUCCCUGAAGAGGCUGGAGACCAAGAGGAAUGCAGUGAACAAGUUCAAGACAGAGCUGGAGCGAAAGUGCUGUGAGGCUGGGAUCCGGGAGAGCCCCGUGGGGCUGUCGUGUGGGGAGAGGACCCGGCACGUCCGUCAUGGGCCAACCUGUGUUGCUGCUUUCCUGACCUGCUGUCAUCUGUCUGAGGCCCUGACUCAGGAGGCCCGGGAGGGGGAGCUGCUUUUGGGGACAUCGGAUGAAGAUGAGGACUUAGAUGACAUCUUCCUGGAGGACCAGCCUAUCCGAACCUUGUUCCCUGAGAGUUGGCUCUGGAUGAAGUUUAAACUGCCGAAAAGUAAAUCAGGAGGCAUCUCCCACUACAGCACUCUUGUGAAUGUGCCAGAUUCCAUCACCACGUGGCAGUUAGUGGCUGUCAGCCUCAAGCCUGGACAAGGUCUCUGCGUCUCAGACCCCUUUGAGCUGACAGUUAUGAAAUCACUUUUUGUGGAUCUCAAGUUGCCCUCCUCCGUGGUCAGGAAUGAGCAGGUCCAGAUCCAAGCCGUGCUGUACAAUUUCAGGACAGAGCAGGUCAAGGUCCGUGUGGAGUUUCCCUACAAGGAGCCGCUAUGCAGUGCGUCAAAGCCAGAUGCCCCAUCCCGCCGGGUGGUGGUUGUGCCCCCCACCUCCUCCAAGAUGGUGCCCUUUGUGCUUCUCCCACUUGAGAUAGGCAAAGUGGACGUGGAAGUCAGGAUUAGGACAACUGAGGUUGAGGACCACAUAAGGAAAACACUUCUGGUCAAGGCAGGAGGGCAGAUACAGCAAAUAUCCCAUAGCACCCUCCUGAACCCCCAAGGUCAAACCCAGACGGAGGUGCUGCCAAGGCAGAACUUUUUGAACAUGGUGCCCAAUACAGAGGCAGAAGUGUUUGUCAGUGUCCAAGGUGACAUCCUUGGCGAGACUAUCCUGGGCACCCUGACACCUGGAGAAAAAUGGCAGCUACUGAGGGUCCCGACCGGUUGCCCUGAGCAGACACUGAGCAAAUUGGCACCUGUGACCAUCCUGACCCGCUAUUUGGAUGCUGCUGGCCAGUGGGGCAAGGUUGGAGUGGAGCUCAGGGACCAGGUGAUACAGAACAUUGUCAGAGGUUACACCCACAUGCUGACCUACCGGAGUGCACACGGCACCUACCACAUCAGCAACGGACACCCGGGAAGCACCUGGCUCACGAGCUACGUGUUCCGGGUCUUUGCCCUGGCCUACUCUAUCACGACAACCAGCAAGCUUGAUCUGCAGUCUCUCUGUGCCACUGCCAACUGGAUCAUCACUGAGAGGCAGGCAGAGGAUGGGCACUUCUUGGAGAAUGGCCCUGUGAUCAUGGAAUCGAUGCAGGGUGGCUACCGAGGCUCUGAAGCAGACAUAUCCCUCACAGCUCUUGUCCUGAUUGCCCUGGAUGAGGGGAAGGACUUGUGCAGCCAAAGGAUACCGAAUUUGCCUGCCAGCAUGGAGCGAGCCCGUAGCUUCCUGGAGGAACGCCUUCCCAAAAUUAAUACAACCUUUGCAAUAGCAAUAGUCUCCUAUGCUCUGGCCCUGACCGAUAGCCCCCGAGCCAAUGACCGCCUGGACAGCUUUGCCAGCCAUGACAAAACCCACUGGCCCAAGGACCACCUGGACGAGAACUCCCUGUACACCGUUGAGGCCACGGCCUAUGCGCUGAUGCAGAAGGUGGUGUUGGGUCGGCACAAUGAGACGCACGCCAUUGCCAAGUGGCUACUGGAGAAGCGGGAGCUAGGCGGAGGCUUCAAGUCCACCCAGACCACUGUGGUGGCCCUUGAGGCCCUCACUCGCUUCCGCGAAGUUGUCCCUUUCGAUGGUGUCCGGGAUCUCCGGGUCCAGAUAAGCGUCCCCAAGAAAGCCUUGGACUUGGAGUGGAUCAUCGAUCAGAACAAUGCCUACCAGCAGCGGUCAGCAAAGUUCUCUGCCCAGGAUGAUCUGGAGAUCAAAGCCAGUGGCAGUGGGAGGGGCACAAUUUCGAUCCUGACCAUGUACCACAGGUCCCCAGAGCCCGGGGAGGACACCUGCAACCUGUACCACCUGAAUGUGACUCUCCAUAGUACUUUGGAAGAUAAUAAAAAGGGGGAAGAGACCUUCCAGCUCCGGAUGGAGACAAGGUUCCAGGGAAACCGAGAGGCCACAAUGAGCAUCAUAGAGGUCUCCCUGCUCACCGGCUUCUACCCCAACCAGAAUGACCUCAAACAGCUUACAAGUGAUGUGGAGAUGUAUGCCUUCCAGUAUGAGACCAAGAAGAAUCCCGGUGACAACACCGUUGUCCUCUAUCUGGAGAAGCUCUCCCACAAGGAAGACACAGUGCUGGGCUUCCGGGUCCACAGGAUGCUGCCGGUGGAGUUUCUGCAGGCCGCCCAGGUCACCAUAUAUGACUACUAUGAGCCUUCCCGGAGGUGCAGCUCCUUCUACAACCUGCCCACGGAGCAGUCUUCCCUGCGGAAGAUCUGUCACAAAGAUGUCUGCAGAUGUGCGGAGGAACAGUGCCCGUCUCCGAGGAAGGACAGCACCCGACUGCGGCAGGAGGAGCUCCAGGCAGCAGCCUGUGAGACAGGCGUGGACUUCGUGUACAAGGUCAGGCUGGAGUCCAUGAAGUCCUCCACCUCCAAUCCUUACAUCUAUUACAACAUGAAACUCGAAGACAUCAUCAAGAGGGGAACAGACUCUGCUGUGUCCCUCACCACGAAGCAAUUUGUCUCUCACGCCACCUGCCACGACUCCCUGGGGCUGCAAGAACAGGAGACAUACCUCAUCAUGGGCCACACAUUGGACCUGUGGAGAGUCAAAUCUGAUUACAUCUAUGUCCUGGGCAAGAAGACGUUCCUCAUGCCGUGGCCGGCCGGCGGGGAUGCGGGCAAGAAGGAAUUGCUGGACCAGCUGGAGGGAUUUUCAGAAUAUAUGACCACGCAUGGCUGUGAGUCCUGAGACUCUGAGGUCUCCACUGCCCUCAGGAGGUUGUUUCCAAGGGGCGCCUGGGUGGCUCAGUGUGGCUCAGUUGUUAAGCAUCUGCCUUCGGCUCAGGGCGUGAUCCCAGAGUCCUGGGAUCGAGUCCCGCCUCAGGCUCCUCCACUGGGAGCCUGCU